AUGAAGCUUCUCCUCGUAAUUCUUGCAUUCUUCAUUCCCUGCUCGACCACAGAGGACUUACCCCUUGCACAGGGGAUACCUUGUUCAAAAUAUCAAGUGUCUUUCAAUAAUUCCUGCUAUGAGUUUGUGAGAUUCCAGCGUACUUUUACCGGUGCCCAGAGUUGGUGUGAGCGGGGAGGCGGUCAUUUGGUCUUCAUUGAGAAUGAAGCAACCCAAGCGUUCUUAGAGGAACACAUCUCGGAGGACAAGGAAUGGUGGAUUGGAAUAACCUCUAGUUCCUCUUCAAAUGAAACUGCUGAAGGGUCCAUGAUUUGGCUGGAUGCCUCAAACAUUACCUACAGCAAAUGGCACCAAGAUCCCGUCUCGGUCCUUGCGUCGUCAUGCGGCUACAUCCUGAAGAACUCUGGGUAUGAGUGGGGCGUAACAGAGAACUGCAGCCAGGAGUUUGACUUCAUUUGCGAGUUUGAAUCAGGCCAAAGCAUUGCGUGCGACAACUUUAAUGCCACGGUGCAGUGUGGCUCUGGAGAGGUAAUCCAGAUUGGAGACAGCUUCUAUGGACGGAAAACGCCUCACUACUGUGUAUUGGAGACUGCCCUGCAGUUUGAUGUUGAAGAGGAAUGCAGCUGGAUCAGCGUAAAGGAUGAAGUGGCAGGGCAGUGUCAUGGACUCCAAGCCUGCCAAGUAGCAGCUGAUGGGACCUUUUUUGGAGACCCGUGCCCGGGUUUGGGAAGCUACCUGUCGAUUCAGUACCACUGCAUGGAAGGUUUGCAGCUGAAUGUAACCGAGACAAGCUUUGUCUUUGAAAAUAUCACCAUAUCCUUGAAAUGGCUGCUCCUGCCUUACUCGGGCAACCUCUCCUGCAUCGUUAGCACUGGAGACGGAAACACUGUCGAUCCCUAUUACCCGCCAUCCUCCUCCAGCAACAUGACCCACCAAUACACGUCUCCCGGCGAAUUCACCAUCUUUGUGGAAUGCACGACCAGCGAAUGGCAUGUGACAGCUCAAAAGCUGAUGACUGUCCGAGACAAAAUGGACACGCUGACCGUCACCGGGUGCUUCAGCAGGAAUGAGGCAGGGAACAGCUCUUCCUGCAGGACCGCGUAUGAGGAACCCUUGAGCAUUCAGGUGGAACUUGACGGAGGAAGUGGAGUAACCUACACUGUGCUAGCUGGUAACAAGACUCUGAUGGAGUCGAGUGCCAAGAGGGGACUUCUUCCUCAUAAUCUGACCUUGGAUGGUGAGACGCAGCGGCUGAUAGGUCCUGGGAUGCAUCCGCUGAAAAUUGUUGCCUCCAGCAACACCACAGAAUCAGAAGUUAUGGAAAUGCUCACAGUCCAUUUUAUUGAGCCCAUCUCUGAUCUACAAGCCAGAUUAACCUCCUCCUCUGUGGAAGUGGGAGAUGAUUUGCAGAUAGAAGUCUCUGCAAAGCAUGGGGCCCCUGAAAAACUGAGGUUCGAGGUGAUUGGGCUGAAUGAAACAUUUUCCCAUUUGGAGGAUGGCCCUGAAGAAGAAACCAGAACAUACAGGAUCCCAGUGAAGUUUGAAGGUACCUUUCUGGUCAAGGUGUUUGCAAUGAAUGCCUUCUCCAACAUGAGCAUUGAUGUAGGAACUGUCACUGUGUCAUCUAACAGUUCUGCUAAAGAAGGUAAGACAGAAAAUGAAGAGCAAUCCAAUGCCUAUGCUAAAAGAAAAGAUGAGAAAAGGAAAAACAGGAUGUACGUUAAGCCCAGCCGUCACGCUGGUCUCUUCACACCCAUUACUCUGGGCUGGCCGGAUGAAACUAGCAACAACUCGCUCUACUCAUGGUCUUGUGGCUCCUGCUGGCCUGAGUGGUCUGAAUGCAUCCGGAAGCGAUCGAUCCCUACAGACCAAAGGGAGAUCCAAAUCCCACAUGCCUGUUUACCACCUCCCAGCUCAGCAGUGACUGUUAAAGUUACAGUGAAGAACAAAGAGCAGGAGGAGGAACAGGACGAGCAGUGCCUCUACAUAACAGCCAAGCGUGAGCUGAGCAUUCAGAUCAGCUGCAAGACGAAUUGCAAGAAGCCGGUGAAUGCCACUGAAGACGUCACACUCCGCGUCUCUUCAGGGGAAGACUCAAAAGCGAUCCUCUACAAAUGGUAUUUAGAUCACACGUUCCAGAGCAAGCUCAGUCCACUUCCACCAAGCUGUACCUUGAAUGGUUUUCCUCAGAGUUCCCUCAUGUUGCUUCAGAGUAACACAACCACGCUGGUGCUGAACACGUCUUUCUUGCAAACACAAAGAGAAGCCUUUAGAAUCAAAGUAACAGUGACGAGUGAGCGCAAAUAUGGCGAAGAGAGCUACGUUGUCAGCACUGUGCCACCCCCAGCGGUUCCGGCGUGCAGCGUGUCUCCUGCACAAGGAUCGGUGCUCACCAGCUUCUCUGUCUCCUGCCGCUACUUCUGCCUCGUGGACAAGUGUGCUGCCAUCGGCGGCUCCUCACUCACAUUCUGUUUCUAUCUGGAGCCAAAUUCACUCCUACACUGUGGACCAGAUCCGGCUCUCUCUUCAGUUUACCUUCCACCUGGACAAGAGGAAGACGACUUUCUUCUGCAGAUUAGCAUUGCAGUAAGCAACGGCUACGGGGACACCGUUCACACCAACGCCACUGUCAGGGUUACGGAUGAGGAUAUAAGCAGUGGGAACCAGACCUUGCAGGCCAUUAUUUCGGAAAAAUCAAACGCCAUCCUGAAAGGAGAGAACAGCAGCAUGUCCCUGUUCCAGUUGUACAAGUCAAUCUCUUCCGUCCUCAAUCAAGAGACGAAGGAAGACAGUGUCGUUUCCUCUCUGCAGGCAGACGCACGGAAAGAGCUGAGAGAGCUCAUGCUGACCACCCUCUCCACUGUUGACGUGACAUCGAUGCAGACCGCUCUGAAGAUGUCAGAGGUGCUCCAAGAUAUCACUUACCGGAGCGAGGAGCUUUCUUCCUCGGCACAGGUGGAAGCCAGUCAUACUCUGAAAAGUGUCAGUGAGUCCUUGCUCGCUGUGAAUAAAGCGGAUGUCAAAAGUGACCUGGGGCGAAAGGAGGCCGCUGGCUACCUAUUCAAUGCCAUGAGCAAUGUCCUUGAAGCCCCUGUGCAGAACAGAACAGAGGCCGAGCAGAUUUUGGUAUCACAGAGGCUUCUAACGGCUGCUGAAAACCUCCAAAGCGCUCUCCUGAUCGGUAAACUGCCUGACACGGAACCCAUGGUGCUCGCAACUCCCUCUGUGGCCAUGUACAUCAACAGGCUACAGACGGACAACGCAGGCGGCACAUCCAUUACUAUUUCCAACUCCGGUGCUGCCAGCUUCACUCUGCCAUCUGCCUCUUCCCUCCACAUCUCGGGAGACAGUGAUGACAUGGUGGACAUUCGGAUGAUGAGCUUUGCGGUCAAUCCCUUUUCCUCCAGUGACAAUUUUGAUAUUAAUGGAAUUGUGGGAGGCCUCAGCCUCACCAGCCUGGAUGGAUCAGUAAUUCCGGUUCAUAACCUUAUGGAAAACAUUGAGAUGCUGCUGCCACGGAGUUCGCCAGUCCAAGAAGAGAGGAAUGUGUUGCGUCUGAGAGAUUCCGGCGCUCUCCAAGUCAAUGUGACCUCAGUAAAUGCAUCACUAGUGAUCCAUCUGGAGCUGGACCAAAACAUUCCACUUAUCUUAUAUUUGGGAUAUGGCUAUCAUCCCAAUGAGACUAGCUAUGACUUGAUGAUACAUCUUCCUCACAACAGAAAACCUGGAGCUGAAGUAUAUUCCUGGAUUCUCCACCCACAAGACCUGGUUUUUGGAGAAGGGACUUACUAUGUCACAGUGAGACCAGAAACAGCAGUGGAGCACAUGGUUCCCGGAGACACGAAUGUUUCUGUCACUUUUUUUGCAUCUCAGUGUGCAUUCUGGGACAUGCAUGAAGGGAACUGGAAUGGUUAUGGUUGUCAGGUGGGCCCCGAGACGACCCCGGAGAGUACGCAGUGCCUCUGCAAUCACCUGACAUUCUUUGGGAGCACCUUCUUUGUGUUACCAAACACCAUCGAUGUUAGCAAAACGGUGGAGUUGUUUGCCACGUUUGUGGACAACCCGGUGGUGGUGGUGACUGUGGGAUGCAUCUUUGUUGUGUACUUGCUAGUUCUGAUCUGGGCCAGAAGAAAAGACAUCGAAGACGAUGCCAAAGUGAAGAUAACAGUUUUGGAGGACAAUGACCCUUUUGCUCAGUAUCGUUACCUGGUGACUGUUUAUACUGGACACCGCCGAGGGGCAGCUACAACCUCCCAGGUGACCCUCACUUUGUAUGGCCAGGAAGGAGAGAGCGAGCCGCACCACCUGGUAGACCCCGGGAAGACAGUCUUUGAGCGAGGAGGGGUGGAUGUCUUCCUGCUCUGUACACUCUUUCCUCUGGGGGAACUGCAGAGCAUCAGAUUGUGGCACGAUAAUUCAGGAGGCAGCCCAUCCUGGUAUGUCAACCAUGUGCUGGUCCAUGAUGUUGCCACAGAUCAGAAGUGGUAUUUCCUCUGUAAUUCCUGGCUGUCCAUUGACAUUGGAGAUUGCGUCCUGGAUAAGGUGUUCCCAGUAGCUACAGAGAAGGACAUGAAGCUCUUCAGCAAUCUGUUCUUUAUGAAGACCUCCAAGGGCUUCCGUGAUGGGCAUAUCUGGUACUCCAUUUUCAACCGCUCUCCACGCAGCUCCUUCACACGUGCCCAGAGGGUGUCGUGCUGCUUCUCACUGCUUCUGUGCACCAUGUUGACCAGCAUCAUGUUCUGGGGGGUGCCCAAGGAUCCCGCAGACCAGAAAAUGGACUUAGGGAAGAUCGAAUUUACGUGGCAGGAGGUGAUGAUCGGCUUCGAAAGCUCGCUGCUCAUGUUCCCCAUCAACCUGCUCAUUGUGCAGAUCUUCAGGAACGCCCGCUGCCCACCUCACAAGGAGAAGAGGCCAGGGAAGAGUGGGCGGGUGUCCCCUGACCUCCCCCCGCAGCUGAAGGAGCAGAGUGUGCCGCUCACGCCUGAAGCGGUCAUCAAGGAUAUUAGACGAAUUGCCAAUUCCCUCUUCAAAACCUUCAGGGCUCCUCUGCCUUCCUCCGAACAUGAUUUUGGUAAAUCAACUGACAUCAACAAGCUUCUGGCCAUGGUAGAGGACAUCAUCUGCCAGCAGAACAGGUUUGGACAUGAAUUUUACGAUGAGAACAAGAAGAAGGAUGACCCGAUUAUUAUCACACUCGGCCUGGUAGAGUUACAAGAAAAAACAAAGACCCCAACUCUGGAGAAAGGAGUCGAAGAAAGGCUGAAACAUCGAGGCUACAACCGUUGCCUCUACACCCAACUGCAACAUGUGGAGCUGGAACUCACGCUGCUGGGGCCGCACAGGUUCCAAAACCCGCAGAGCUAUUUGCAGGCCGUGCGGCAGGUGCAGCACAUGAAGGACUUCCUGGAAAGCCACCAGUCGUCCGCAGCAUCCGGCAGCGGGAGAACCUCACCAAGUCCCAGCCUUGCAGAGAAUGUUAAGAAGGAAGCAUCAUCCAAAGGCCUGCCCUGGUGGUUUGUCUUCAUUGGUUGGUUCCUGGUGGCCAUCACCAGCGGUGUGUCUGGAUUCUUCACCAUGCUGUACGGGCUGCAUUAUGGCAAGGACAAUUCCAUCAAGUGGCUCAUCUCCAUGGGCAUCUCCUUCUUUGAGAGCCUGUUCAUCACACAGCCAUUAAAGGUUCUCGGGUUUGCUGCUUUCUUUGCUCUGGUUCUGAAAAAGGUGGAGCAGGAAGAUGAAGCGCAUACAUCUCUCGAAGGUCCCUUGUCUGCUCCAGGUGACUCAAACCUGAUCUUUGGAGCCCGUCGGGACAGUGGGAGCCACAACUACCAGCCUCCCCCUGCCGCCGACAUUGAGAAAAUGAAGAGCAACUACAUCAAAGAACAGAAAGCGUUUGCCCUGAUUAAAGAAAUACUGGCCUACCUGGUUUUCUUGUGGAUGUUGCUUUUGGUCGCCUACGGACAACGAGAUCCUAACUCCUAUUUCCUCAAUAAACACAUUGAAAGCAGUUUCACAGAUGGAUUCCAAGACAUCUUAAGUUACCAGGAUUUCUUUAAAUGGGCCAGAACAACCUUAAUUAACAAUUUAUAUGGCUCAUAUCAAGGCUUUAUCACAGAUGGCAACUCCAAGCUGGUGGGCAGCGCACGAAUUCGCCAGGUGCGAGUGAGGGGCAACACCUGUCCAAUAGCUCCGAAACUGCAGUCAACAACUGGAGAAUGCCACGCUGCUUACUCCUUUGACACUGAAGACAUGGCGGACUACGGAGCGCGGUGGAACAUCUCUUCUCUCGAUAAUACCUCGGAGCUCAGUUCCGCAUGGCAGUAUCAGGGCCAGUCCAAGCUGAGAGGACAGGCAACCUGGGGCAAGCUGGCUGUCUACAGAGGUGGAGGAUACGUGGUUCACCUGGGGACGGAUUCUUGCAACGCCUCCAGAAUUCUGCAAUACCUCUUUAACAAUACCUGGCUGGAUACCUUCACGAGAGCCGUAUUCAUUGAGUUCACCGUCUACAACGCUAAUGUAAACCUCUUCUGCAUUGUCAGCCUCAUGUUUGAAACCAGUGCUUUAGGGGCCUUCUUCAUGCGGGCAGAACUGCAGAGUGUCCGGCUUUAUCCAUAUACAGAUAGUCUGCAUAUCUUUGUGGUAGCAGCUGAAGUAAUCUAUUUCCUCUUUGUUGUCUACUAUAUGGUGGGACAGGGGAAGCUCAUGUGGACUCUGAGAUGGAAUUACUUACACAGCAAGUGGAACCUUCUGGAGCUUGCCAUCAUUUUGCUCAGCUGGAGUGCCCUGUCAGUGUUUGUCAGGCGGACAAUCUUGGGUUUACGGGACAUCAGUUACUAUCAGGAGCACAAAGAUGAGUUUGCAAACUUCAGCCAGACGGCGACUGUUGAUGCAGUGCUGGGCUACCUGAUUGCCUUCUUGGUGCUCCUCUCCACCGUGAAGCUCUGGCAUCUCCUGCGGCUGAACCCCAAGCUGAACAUGAUCACCUCGACCCUGAGGAGGGCCUGGGGGGACAUUUCAGGGUUUGCAACUGUGAUCAUAAUCAUGUUCCUUGCCUACUCCAUAGCAGCAAAUUUGAUAUACGGUUGGAAGCUGAACACUUACAAGACGCUGUUCGAUUCAGCGGAAACCAUGGUUAGCCUUCAGCUAGGGAUCUUUAACUAUGAAGAGGUCUUGGACUACAAUCCCGUUCUAGGCUCCUUCCUAGUUGGCUCCUGCAUAAUUUUCAUGACAUUCGUGGUGCUGAAUCUCUUUAUUUCUGUGAUCCUCGUUGCUUUCAGUGAGGAGCAGAAACAUUAUCAGGCAUCAGAAGAGGAAGAGAUAGUUGACCUAAUGUUGAAGAAAAUUUGCAGUUUCUUUGGAAUUAAGUACAAAAAUGAUCACAAACCACCCUGUGAGAUGCCUUUGGAAGAAACCAUGAACAACUAACAAGCUGUUGGCCAGUCACCUCCCUCUUCAAUUUACAGUUGCUUAAAUUGCCUUUAAAUAUUGUGGUUUCCAUGUUUGAGACAUGCUAUGGCAAAAAGCAGGCCCUUUUCCAGGAUCCUGCCCUCUCUUCAUUGUAUGCAAGAAUGUAUCCUUAAUCCUGUAUUGAAAAUACAGAAAUGAGUAUAAAAGUCAUGUCUCCUGCUUGU